AGAGAAGAUGGAGGAAAAAGUCACAAAGUCCACUGCCAGCACAUCAAUUCUGUAUUAGCAUUUAGCGCAAGCAACCACUGGACCUGUUUCUUUUGCGAGCCAGACCGAUCAAAUUCCUCAAAUUAAAGCUCAAACAAAAAGACAUUAGAGAAGAGCAUGUAAGAACACGUUAUUUUUCUGAAUUACAUACGUCACAAACAUCUCUUGUCAUUAACUCUUCCAAAAUCCCUAACCUCUUUUUCUCUGUUCGGUUGUUUCUUCCGCUUUGAUUGAAACGUGGCAUGGCCUUGGAAGAAAGCUAAAAUUGGAUAUGACAAACAACUCGGAUUAUAAAUUUAGCAAAAUUGUACAAGUCUCUGGCAUGUCUCUGAAGACAUGGAUGAGCUUCCAGGGACUAUGGGUACAAGUGCUAGUUUGGCUUUGAGAUUUGGACAGUGUCUUUUCUCGAUUGCUUCACUUCUUUUCAUGUUUUUGGGUGUUCCUUUCUAUAGCUUCUCUGCUUUAUGCUUUAUGAUGACAGUGAUGGGUUUGGUUAUGGCAUGGAGCUUGACACUAGUAAUGGUGGAUGUAUUCUCAGUUCUUAUUCAACGGCCAUAUCAUCAGCCUGGAAUAAUCUCAGUUGUUGUAUUAGGAGAUUGGGUCCUGUCAUUUCUAUCACUUGCUGCAUCAUGUUCAACAGCUAGUGUGGCUGAAUACCUGAUCCGUUCUAGUAGCCCAAACUGCUCUGGAAAUUUGUGCACCCGUUAUCAACUCUCUGCUUGCAUGGGUUUCUUUGCUUGGUUUUUGACAUUGGCGUCAGCCCUCUUCCAUCUUUGGCUUCUUCCCAAAUUAUUUCCAGAAGAAUAACCUGGAGGGAAUUUAUGUGGCUUUGUAUAUGGCACUAAUAGCUUCCGUAUAGUCUUGCGGAGUUCAUUAUUAAUUGUAGAUGGCACACAAAGUUCAGAAUAAAAUAUGUAAUGCUGUAGAAGGGAAGUCAUUGCAGUGAUCCAUUGCAGGACAAAAUGUAUCAAAAUCUACCUUGAUCCUUGUUGCGUUACAAUUAAUGGUGAAGGCGUAGUUAAAAUAAA